AUGGAGCCGGUUGGAUUAGCCGUCGGAAUCGCUGGGCUCGCGGGCAUUCUGAGCACUUGUCUAGAUGUCAUCGAGAGAGUCGACAUAUAUAAAGAUUUCGACCGUGAUUCACGUUCACUCGCUGUACAGCUCGAUGCGGAAAAGCUUCGCCUCAAAAAAUGGGCCUGCGAUGUUGGGUUCCGGCAAGGGAAGCUCUCGAACGACCACCACACCGCUCUGAAUGACCCGCAGGUCCGCUUGAUGGCAGUAGAGCUGCUUAGUGUCAUCAAGGCAAUCUGUGGUGACGUAACAACAUCAGAACUCGGGCUGGAUGAAAAUUUAGCAACCGUCACUCGCGGCAUCCAAUCCUUUCCAAAGUCAUCAGAAUCAAGGAGGCAAAAGCUUGUUUGGUCCUUGAGGGGCAAGGCUAGACGCACUUCUCAAGUCGAAAACCUCGGAGUUCUCGUCCAGCAUCUGCACAACCUGGUUCCUCCAGAUAGUUCAUUUCCAAAUGGGGAAGCUACCAAUAAGUCCAAUGAGACUUGUGCUUAUGGAAUAGAUGACGAUAUUGAGAAACAGACGUGGCUUCGCGAGCUUCGACAGACCUUGUCUCGGUUGGAAAGGGAGAUGGAAGCCGAGACUCGACGAGACCUUCGGGCCUGGCUAGCAUGCCCACCGCCGAACGAUCUCUUUCCUGAAGCCAAAGAGAGAAGAAUCAAUGGGACGUGUGAUUGGAUUAUUGACCGUCCCGAAUUCGUUGAGUGGCUUGCUCUAAACGAAGCGUGUAAAAUUGUCGAUGAUACCGAAAGGCUCCUAUGGGUCAAUGGACCAGCCGGGUUUGGAAAGACUGUUCUAUGCGCGAGAAUCAUCGAACAUUUGAGAUCGAUAUCCCAGACGCCUGUGGUCUAUUUCUUCUUGUCAUCUGAAUUCGAAAGCCGCGACAAUCCCUAUGCGGCGAUUCGAGCAUGGGUCCACCAGAUGGCAUCGUCCGACCAGACUACCUACCAGUUGGUGCGAGAAAAGUGGCUAGCUCAAAACGAACAAUUCGCCACCGAGACAGAAAUCGUCAGUAUCUUUCGAGAAAUUUUGCAAGUCGUACCUGGAGCCAUCUUGGUCUUGGAUGGCUUGGAUGAGUGUACUUGGUUGGGGAAGGCUCCGCAUGACGGGAAGUCCUUGGGGAAGUUUCUCAACACCGUGAUUGGGGCAAUUACCAACACAGCAUCUCGCCUCCUAGUUGUCAGUCGGGACGAGCCUGAGAUUCGAAGUGCUAUGAUGUGCUCAAAAAACUGCGAGGAACUCAAAAUCGAUUCUGAAGACGUGCAAUCCGACGUUGCUCGAUACGCAAGAAGUAUUGUCGACAAGAAGCUGCCGAGAAAGGACGAAGCAACAAGAGAAGGUAUCUCCAAGAUGCUUGCGGAUCGGUCCAAUGGCCAACUCCUCUGGGUCAAGUUACACGAAGAUUCCUUGCGCAGCUGGAAGAACAAGAAGCAACUUGAGGAUGCGAUCAAUGAAAUACCGUCUGGACUUGAUCAUGUUUAUGAACGAAAUUGGACACGCAUUUCUAAACUACCAGAACCGAUCCGUAAACGUGCCUAUUCUCUAUUACAAUGGGCGGCUUUUGCUCUGCGGCCCUUGACCGUCAACGAAAUCUCCGAGGCUAUGUUGAUCGACGAGGAAGAUUUCAACUUCCCUGAGGAUGAGUUGCCCGAUGAAGUUGAUGACGACUUCAUUGAAAGCGAAAUACAAAGCCCCUGCGGCUCGCUUUUGGAAGUUCGAGGUACAUCUUCGGAUUCUAACAGGGGGUCAAGGACGGUGCACUUGACUCACUUUUCAGUCAAACAACAUUUUCUUUGCAACAUUUCAUCUCAAUCGCUAUCGAUUCGCAUGAACAGUCAAGUCUUAAACGAGCUUCAACAAAACAGCAGGCUAGCAAAGCUUUGCCUUCGCUACAUCAACAGUCAAUACUUCUGGGACUUCGAAGAGAAGAUCAAUUCGACGGUUCAAAUGGAAAGCACCCAGGAAGAAAACCUUCAAGUGAGCGUCAAGGGGUCAUUCCGACACUACGCCGCGAGUUCAUGGUAUCAGCAUUCCACCGUCGGUUAUGAGGAAGACGAAGAACUGACAAUGCUCAUGAUGAAUUUGUUCGAUGAACUCAAUCCCAGCUGGGAAAUGUGGCGUGACUUGUUUGAGAAGUAUAGCGUAGAGCUCGGUUUGGGAGCUGAUUCAUCAACUGAACCUCACCAUGCUAGUCCUUUACACUACGCUGCCCGUCUUGGCUUCACUGAGCUUGCUUCCUGCCUCAUCCACGACGAGAAGCAUCAUGUGAAUGCCAAGGCGCCGUUUGGUAGAACAGCUCUUGAGAUUGCAGGCAACGCUGGGAAUUUGACACUCUCAAAGAUCCUUCUGGAUGCGGGGGCCGAUAUUUCAAUGUCGAAUCACACAGGGUCGACACCUCUCAUCGAAGCUUCGUUUUCUGGAGCCUAUGAGGUUAUUGAACUCCUUCUCGAUAGAGGCGCAGACUGCGAGAAAACAAAUAACUACAACUGGACGGCACUACACGUAGCUUCCUACUACGGCCAUCUCGACGUCGUCGCGUUGUUGCUUGAAAGGGGAGCUAACGUCACUGUUGCUAACGAUGGCGGUUGGACACCACUCAAUGCGGCCUCUCACUGCGGACACUUCGAUGUGAUUGAACUGCUCCUCGACAAUGGGGCCGAAAUUCUAACCCGGAGUAAUGAUGGUUGGUCGCCGCUUAAUGCUGCCUCUCACUUUGGACACCUAGACAUUGUCAACUUGCUCCUGAGGAAGGGGGCUGAUGUUCACCACGCAAAUCUUAGCAAAUGGUCAUCGAUACAUUUCGCUUCUGAUGGUGGUCACUAUGAGAUCGUCAAAAUGCUUCUGGGUGCAGGCGCCGACGUCGCAGCUGUAACCAAUAAUUCAACGACGCCGCUGCAUAUAGCAUCAAGUCGUGGCCAUCUAGAGAUUGUCGAGCUACUUCUGGACAAUGGCGCUGACUCGAACGCUGUGGACGAUAGCCAAUGGACACCGAUUUUCUUGGCAUCGAGUUGCGGGCUUGAAAAAGUAGCCAAGCUACUUCUUAGUCGGUGCGACGACGUAUCUCGGGCCAACAAAGCCGGAAUGGUGCCACUUUACUCAGCUUCAGCUGCCAUGAACAGCAAGCUUGCUGAGCUGCUUCUUAGCGACUCUCGUAAUGAUGGUUCCUUGCGAGCCUACGCAGGAUGGACGCUACUCCACGAGGCGUCGUAUAACGGACGCGUUGGGGUGAUUGAACUACUUCUUGCUGAGGGAGUAGAUGUAGGGUUAACUGACGAGCGUGGGUGGACGCCUCUACACGCUGCAGCUCUGAGCGGGCAUACAGAAGUUGCAGAGUUGCUGCUUCAGAGCCCUAAGUGCAGUACCCAUAAUCGACUGGACCUUCAGAUCACGGAUCAGUAUGGAUCAACCCCAUUAUCUGCAGCUUGUCGCAAUGGGCAUGAAGAAGCCGUCAAAUAUCUGCUCUCAGUCGACGAGGGAUCAUUUGAGUCUCGAGAUGGACUAGGGCGAAGCUCGAUGUGGUGGGCACGAAAAAGUGGCAGCACCCAAGUCAUCGAAUCGGUCUUGCAACAUGCAUUGAUGCUCAAGAUUCAUAUUCCGGAGAACAACGAGCUUGGCGCACAAGGGGCGAACUUCGAUUGCGAUUCAGCGUGGUGUGAUAUUUGCAUGACUUGUACCGAUGAGCAGGCAUUCUACACCUGUAGCUUGUGCGAUGGAGGUGACUUCGUCAUCUGCCUGGAAUGUAAGGAUCUUGGUCUCGAAUGCCAAGAUGCUUCUCAUUGCUGGACCUUUCAAGAACCCUAUUAG